UUACAAUAAAUAUAGCCACGAUGAAGCCUCAGCAAACCGUGUUGGUAUUCAAGCCAACGCUGAAGAAGGAGAGUGACCGCAAGGCUCAACUCGCCACUAUUCAGGCGUCUCGUGCUUUAAGUGAGGUCAUUCGUACUACUUUAGGUCCUAGGGCCAUGUUGAAGAUGAUGUUGGACCCAAUGGGUGGUAUUGUGAUAACAAAUGACGGUAACGCCAUUUUGCGUGAGAUUGAUGUGGCAAACCCUGCUGCCAAAAGUCUUAUUGAGCUUAGCAGGUCACAGGAUGAAGAGGUUGGGGACGGCACCACCAGUUGUGUUAUUCUUAGUGGCCAGAUGCUUGCUAAUGCGGAGCCCCUGCUGAAGCGUGAGAUCCACCCAUCUAAGAUAGUUGAGGGUUACAUAGAGGCUUUGGACGAUGCUUUAGCUGUUAUGGAAUCCAUCGCUACCAAAAUAGACCUAAAUGAUGACGAUGCUGUGAAGGAUGUAAUUCAAUCGUGUCUUGAGACAAAGUUUUCAAGUAAAUGGGGAAAUUUGAUUGCUUCACUUGCUUUGAGUGCGGUUCAGAAGGUGAAGGUCGACCGUCCAGAUGGACGUACAGCAAUAGACAUAAAGCGUUAUGCGAAGGUUGAGAAGCUUCCCGGUGGUAUGCCUGAGGACUCUAUUGUCUUGGAUGGUAUAUUGAUUAACAAGGACGUGACUCAUCCCAGUAUGUCACGUCGCAUUGAGAACCCCCGGGUGUUGAUAUUAGACUGCACCCUGGAGUACAAGAAGGGCGAGUCUCAGACGAUUGUUGAUAUAUCUGAUGAGGCCGGUUGGGCUAAACUCUUAGAACAGGAGGAGACUGAGAUUUUCAACAUGUGUCAGAACAUUAUCCAAACUGGUUGCAAUGUAUGCGUUACUGAGAAGGGCGUGUCAGAUUUAGCCCAGCACUUUUUAUCCAAGGCUGGCAUUAGUUGCAUCCGUCGCAUUCGUAAGACUGACGCCAACCGUUUAGCGCGUGUAACUGGCGCUACUAUCGUAAACCGCACAGAGGAGCUUUUGCCAAGUGAUGUGGGUACUGGUUGCGGUCUCUUUGAGGUCAAAAAGAUCGGUGAUGAGUAUUUUUCGUACUUUAUCAAUUGCAAAGACCCUAAGGCAUGUUCCAUUGUUUUGCGUGGUUCUUCCAAGGAUGUGCUUAAUGAGAUUGAGCGCAACUUACAGGACGCAUUGAACGUUUGUCGCAACAUCAUGUUAGAAGGGAAGCUACUACCUGGCGGUGGCGCCACGGAGAUUGAGGUAUCAUGUCGCCUUGCUGAAAAACUUGACAGUAAAUCUGGCUUAAAGCGUUGGUCAUAUCGUGCCGCUGCCAAGGCUUUCGAGGUAAUUCCCAAGACACUCGCUCAAAAUUGCGGUGCUAAUCCAGUUCGUGUUAUUACUGAGCUUACGUCGCUCCAUGUUUCUGGUAAUGUAAAUGCCGGUUUGGAUGGUGAGACUGGUGAGGUGUGCGACACUAUGAAGCGUAAGAUUUUCGAUACAUUUGCUGUAAAGGCACAAAUAUUCAAGAGCGCCAUUGAGGCUGCUUGUAUGCUUCUACGCAUAGACAUGAUUGUGUCAGGUAUUGGCAAGCGUGAUGAGCCCAGUACCAGCCAGAAGUUGGCUGUUAAUGAGGAGGCUUUGGAUGCCCAGGCAUGAACUAACGCAU